AUGUGUAUAUGUGUGUUGAAUCAGGCGUACAGUGACGUGAGCUUGAAGCCUGGAGGGUUUCUGCGUCUCAGGAGGACCGUGGUCUUCGUCUUCAUCGCAGGAGCCGCUCUUCUGCUGUUGGGAGGCGUUGGAGCUUUCUACCUGUGGAAAGUCACAGAAAAAGAAGCGAUCAGCGCUCACUACAGCCGGAACAUCGAGAUCAAGAUGGCCGAAGAUCACGGAGAUGCUGGAGACGACAAAAUCGUGGAAGUCCAAGACUUCAAAGCUGGCAUUACAGCAGUCAAGUUUCCUGGAAAAGAGAAGUGUUACAUCAAAUCACAAGCCAGAUCUGAACUUUCUGAGGAGGAAGACAAUGUUGCAGUGAAACCUGAUGUGGCGUCUCUGGUCUGGAUUGCGUCGGAUGAGCCGCUGAAGGACAGCAGUUUCCUGAGCCCUGAAAUACUGAGAUUCUGUGGAGAUCUUCCCAUUUACUGGCAUCAUCCUGCAAACUCCAGAGCACUGAGGAAGAGGAGAAGUGUGACGCGAGUGAGACGGCAGAGUACAGGUGGAUUAAACCGGCAAACAACGAGACGUCGAAACUCCACAAGUUCAGUGAGAGAGGAAGAGCGGCCCGAGUAUAACCCGGAGAACCCUUAUCACCAGAAUCAGGAGGGUUCUGAAGGCCACAUGGUGUUCGAUCCCAUGCUGGACCACCGUGGGAUCUGCUGUACUGAAUGCCACCGCAGUCACACACACUGCGAGCGUGUGUGUGAGCCGCACGGAGGCUACUGGCCCUGGCCCUACAACUACCACGGGUGCCGGCCGGUGUGCCGGGUCAUCAUGCCCUGCCGAUGGUGGGCCGCCCGCGUCAUGGGCCUCGUAUGAGCCUCAGAA